GCACAUCGCGAGCGAGAAACGAGCGUCCCUCGAUUUCUGUUCCCCUUUCGAGCCACGAAACGGCGCUUAAACGAGGGUAAGGUCCUCGAGCAUCCUUUCACUUUGUUACGCUUCGUUCGACAAUCAGAUUUUAACGGUUUUCAUCGACCAGAGACAGGGAAAGUUAUUGAUUCUCAUUGUGAAUUACACUUUCCAGUGACAUUCGUUGCUCCUUUUACCCCCAGGGAUAAUAUACGUAUAAAUAAGAAGUUUCAUUUUUUUAUCAAACGAGCAAGAUGAAGGUGGGAUUGAUGAAGAAAUUCCACUGUUUCACUUUGAAACAAGGCACAGCGUUUAUAGCCGUGUGUCAAUUGUUUGUGUCUGUGUUCGGUAUGAUAUUUUUGGUUCUGGCAUUGGCCCAUGCCAUGGUCAUCCAAGAAAUGGUGGUCAGAGAUACGGAAGAUGCUCUCGCGAGGGAAGCCCUGGAAGAUAUAUCAUCGAAUCAUCUUAACACGAAGAAAAUGGACAUGGCGCAUCAUAAUGCAACUGAAAUGGUUUACGCGAUAUAUUGCGGAUUAGUCGUUAUAGUGAUACAUUUUAUUUCCAGUAUUUUGCUUCUAUACGGCGCGCUGACGAACAAUCGUCACUUCAUGGCGCCGUGGUUGAUGGUGACGAUGACGAUAAUAUCAGCGUUCACGAUUUCCUUGUUCUUGGUAGAGCAAGACUGCCCCUUUAUCGCUACUCUUGGCGGUAAAGCAGGCAUCUAUGAACGUAUGUUCAUUCUCUGGCUCAUAUUCUCGAGUUCUUACGUAUGGUUUGUGGUAUACAGCGCUUACAAGAGCCUUGAAACAAAAAAAGGGCUGACCCAUAUACUUCACGGUGUGAAGAAAAAGACGCCGCCAAUAUCGUCCAAAUCGCCCGUACCAGUCAUACAAAUAUCAAAAGCGGUUCAAACAUGCGCAAAUAAACCGUCCGAGGUUUAAAGAUACUAGAAAGGCGCAAAAGUAGCUACGAAAAAUCGGAUUUAUUCAUUACAACGGAU